AUGUCUAAAGUGUUUAAUUUUGGCGCUGGACCGGCUAAAUUGCCAGAAGAAGUCUAUGAAAUUAUUAAGAAUGAAUUGACAAAUUUUGAAAAUUCUGGAAUUAGUUUAUUGGAAACAAGUCAUCGUUCUUCAACAUACAUGAAGCUAAAUGUCGAAAUUCAGGAUGUUGUGCGAAACUUAUUAGAUGUACCGGACAACUACAAAGUGCUGUUUUUAGCUGGUGGGGGUCUUGGUCAAUUUGCAGCUGUUCCUUUAAACUUAAUAUCCAGAACUGGUACUGCUGAUUAUGUAGUAACAGGUGCGUGGUCUGCUAAAGCAGCCAAGGAGGCGAAAAAAUAUGGGAAAGUAAAUUUGGUGCUACCACCGACAGAUAAAUAUGAAGAUAUACCUGAUCAGACAAAAUGGAACCUUGAUCCCAAUGCUUCAUAUGUACAUAUUUGUACUAAUGAAACAAUACAUGGUGUUGAAUUUGACUUCAUACCAGAUACGAAAGGAGUACCUUUAAUCGCAGAUAUGUCUUCAAACAUUAUGUCGAAGAAAGUUGAUGUUUCAAAGUUUGGGGUGAUAUAUGCUGGUGCUCAAAAGAAUAUUGGUACAUCUGGGGUAGCGCUUGUCAUUGUUAGAGAGGAUCUUUUGAAUCAGGCUCUACCGACAUGUCCCUCUUUAUUAGACUGGACAGCUAACUACAAACAGAAUUCAAUUUUAAACACUCCACCUAUGUUUGCCAUCUAUAUAAUGGGUCGAGUAUUACAAUGGAUUCAAAGGAAUGGAGGAUUAGAAGGAAUGUCUCAAUUGGCAACAAAGAAAGCCUCACUUAUCUACAACACAAUUGAGCAAUCGAAUGGUUUUUAUUAUGCCCCUGUAGCUAAAAAUGUUCGCAGUAAAAUGAAUGUGCCAUUCAGAAUUGGUUGUCCUGGUGAUGAUGCCUUAGAAAAAGAAUUCUUGAAGGGUGCUGAGACUUUGGGACUUAUUCAGCUAAAAGGACACAGAGACGUUGGCGGUAUUCGUGCCUCAAUAUAUAAUGCAGUGACCCUAGAGGAGGUUCAAGCUCUCGUUCAGUACAUGGAGGAGUUCUAUAAAAAACAUUCCAAGUAAAUAUUGUUAAAUUUAUACAAGUAAUAUAUACUUUUUGUAUGUUA